GCGGUCCCUCCCUCCACCACCACGAACAUUGUUGUGGAGUGACGUCAGCGCCAGACGAUGCAGGCGGCCAUUACUGCUGGCUGUGUGAUUCCCUGAAGCCACAGGAGAGGAGCCCAUGGCCAGGACCACUAGCCAAGUGUAUGAUGCUAUUCCAAUUCAGUCCAACGUGGUUAUAUGUUCCUGUCCAUCCCCUUCAAUGGUGAGAAACUCGUCCGAGUCCGGCUCACCACCUGCCCUGUCUACCUGUGGCAGCAGAUCGGGCACCAACAUGGACGUGAAGACACCAGACUCUAGAUCUCAGCAACAACCUCCACAGCCUCGGAAGAAACGACCAGAAGAUUUCAAGCUGGGGAAAAUUCUGGGCGAAGGGUCGUUUUCAACGGUAGUCUUGGCCAAAGAAUUAACAUCAGGAAGAGAAUAUGCCAUUAAAAUUCUACAGAAGAGGCAUAUUGUAAGGGAGAAUAAGGUACCUUAUGUAACCCGAGAGAGAGACGUGAUGUCUCGUCUGGACCACCCAUUCUUCGUUAAACUUUACUUCACAUUUCAAGAUGCUGAGAAACUCUAUUUUGGCCUUAGUUAUGCUAAAAAUGGUGAACUACUGAAGUACAUCCGAAAGAUUGGGUCGUUUGACGAAACCUGCACCAGGUUUUACACUGCGGAAAUCGUCUGCGCUUUGGAGUACCUGCACGAGAAGGGAAUCAUUCACAGAGAUCUGAAGCCAGAAAACAUUUUACUUAGCGAAAAUAUGCACAUCCAGAUUACAGAUUUUGGGACGGCGAAAAUUUUAUCGUCUGACAGCCGACAAGCACGGGCAAAUUCAUUUGUAGGGACGGCACAGUAUGUAUCCCCUGAGCUGCUGACGGAAAAAUCGGCUUGCAAGAGUUCUGACUUAUGGGCACUUGGUUGCAUUGUCUAUCAGUUGGUUGCAGGACUCCCGCCUUUCAGAGCUGGAAAUGAAUAUCUCAUAUUUCAAAAGAUUAUCAAGCUGGAAUAUGAAUUCCCAGAAAAAUUCUUUCCUAAGGCUAAAGACCUAGUCGAAAAGCUGCUGGUUCUAGAUCAUACAAAACGUUUAGGCUGUGAAGAUAUGGGUGGCUAUGGACCUCUUAAAGCACAUCCGUUUUUUGAAAGUAUAACAUGGACAGACUUACACCUCCAAACUCCUCCAAAGCUCACAGCAUACUUACCGGCGAUGUCGGAAGACGAUGAAGACUGCUACGGGAACUAUGAUGACCUCCUGAGUCAGUUUGGUUGCAUGCAGGUGGCUUCUCCAGUAUCGCCCACCACGCUGCCAGUACCGGAAGCCGUUCAACCUCAAAGGUCCGGCAGUAACAUAGAGCAAUAUAUCCACGACCUCGACAACAAUUCCUUCGAGCUCGAUCUCCAGUUCUCGGAAGAAGAGAAACGGCUACUUCUAGAAAAGCAAGCCGGAGGAAACCAGUGGCACCAGUUUGUAGAAAACAAUUUAAUCCUGAAAAUGGGUCCAGUAGACAAGAGAAAGGGGCUGUUUGCUCGGAGACGCCAGCUGCUGCUCACAGAAGGCCCACAUCUGUACUAUGUGGAUCCUGUAAACAAAGUUCUGAAAGGGGAGAUCCCAUGGUCACUGGAGCUGCGUCCAGAGGCUAAGAAUUUUAAGACCUUUUUCGUUCAUACACCUAACAGAACAUAUUACCUUAUGGACCCCAGCGGAAACGCUCACAAGUGGUGUAAAAAGAUCCUGGAAGUGUGGCAGCGCAGAUACCAGAACCAUCAGACUAGCGGCACCUAACGCUCCUCUCCGUGUCUUUCAAAUCUUCCCUUCAUGCUGCUAGAAGUCCCUUUUUCGACAGAUGAGCAGAACAGAAGAGAAAAAAAUAAAAAUAAAUAAACCCUUCUCCUGUCACCUUGCCACCAUCUUCAUGGGAAAGUAUAUGUCAUAAAUUAAAAAAAAUGAAGAAGAAAAAAAAAAUAAGAAA